UCUAGGUUCACACUGCAGAGAGACAGCGCGACAACCGGCCGACUGCGAAAAAGGAAGUUCCAGGCCGACCACUCUAGCACAAAUAGCGUAAAAGCACAUCAGUCAUGCGUCUGAUAAUCCUGGACGACGCGGCGACGGUGGCGGACUGGGCGGCGCGGCUCGUGCUGCAGCGCAUCAAGGAGUUCGCGCCGGGCCCGGGCCGCCGCUUCGUGCUGGGCCUGCCCACGGGCGGCACGCCGCUCGGCAUGUACCGCCGGCUCAUCGACUUCCACCGCGAGGGCAAGGUCUCCUUCAAGUACGUCACUACGUUCAACAUGGAUGAGUAUGUCGGGCUUCCCCGCGACCACCCCGAGUCGUACCACUACUACAUGUGGAACGAGUUCUUCAAGCACAUCGACAUCGACCCGGCGCACGCGCACGUGCUCGACGGCAACGCGCCCGACCUCGUCGCCGAGUGCCAGCGCUUCGAGAGCCUUAUCAAGGAGGCUGGGGGCGUACAUCUGUUUAUCGGAGGCAUCGGCCCCGACGGUCACAUCGCGUUCAACGAGCCGGGCUCAUCCCUCGUGUCGCGCACGCGCGUCAAGACGCUGGCGGCCGACACGCUCGAGGCCAACAAGCGCUUCUUCGACAACGACAUCGACAAGGUGCCCAAGCAGGCGCUCACCGUCGGCGUCGGCACCGUCAUGGACGCCAAGGAGGUGAUGAUCCUGAUCACGGGCGUGCACAAGGCGCUGGCGCUGUCGAAGGCGAUCGAGGAGGGCGUGAACCACAUGUGGACCGUGUCCGCCUUCCAGCAGCACCCGCAGGCGCUCUUCGUGUGCGACGAGCCCGCCACCAGCGAGCUGCGCGUCAAGACUGUCAAGUACUUCAAGGCGCUGAGCGACGAGCACCUCAAGCUGAUCGACGGCGCGCCCGUGUCCGUGCAGCGCGUCAUGCACUGACGGCGGCCGGCGCCCGACUGCCGCAGUCCGCACUCCGCACUCCACCACCUGCUGCAGCCAAUACUGAUGCGCACUGCCUUUUCUACACACAUUCCAAAUUUCAGAAAUCACAAUAUAAUCUGUUUUAAAUGAUACUUUAAUUGUAGCUAAGUAAUUAAGAAUACUAUUGGUGCUCUCGUAUCUGAUAUAUUAUACAUUUAAAAAUGUACUUAGCUUAUAUAGAAUGAAUAAAAAAAAUCGUUACUGAAUAGCAUAAAACAUAAUAAUAUAUUAGCUAUAAAGUUGAUUUUAUUGUUAAAAAUUCAGAAAUCUCUAUGUAAAAUGGGUGUUACAGAGUCUGAUGGGAGAGCACAAUAAGCUGAUAGAGGGCACGCGGUGAUGGCCCCGCGUGCACCAGCAGUUACCUUCGUGUCUCUCAUAGUGAAAAUGCUCAAUGUAUUGCUCGUAUAUUAUGACUAUAUAUUAAGGAUAACAUAAAUUUACUUAUAAUGGUUUCCGUGAUUUUUUUAUGAAUAAAAAAUAUUUUUAUAGUA